AUGGGUUUUUGGGGUCGACUCGUGGUUGUGUCCAUGAUUUUUCUGUUUGCAAGUGGGAUAUCCGUUGCUGAGCAAGUUGAUGGUGAUGAGGACAUUUCUAACGGUGCCAGACGUGUUCCAAUCGGAAGCGUGGCCGUGUCGUCGAACAUUGUUGUUGAUAAAACAGCGGAAGGUGGGACGGUAACGGUGUCGGAGUACGAAAACAACGGACUAUGGGACCGGCUCAAGAAGUGGUGGACGCGAAUAAUGAAUCAUGAAAAUAGCCUUUUUGCGGGCGCAGGCCCACGUCACGGAGCAGGAGGAGAAGUGACGAUUACGGAAGAAAAAAAUGGGGGGAAGAUUAAUAUCACGGUACAUGGUAACCCCAAACUUUUCGAACGCGUCGUUGAGUUGGCGAAACUAAUCGUGGAAUACGAAGCUGCACGCACUCGAGAGACGGGCGAGUAG